UUAAAAGAUGGUUUGGCACUGGCAGCAAAGGCAAUUAAACCAAUAGAAUUUGAAUUGAAAAAUGGUGCACGACUCAGUUUGAACAUUGAGACAGCAUGGAUCUCUUCACCUACAAUUGCCCCAGGCAAUACAACAGCCUCCACUCUGAAAGUCUUUCCUUCAGAGUGUCGAGCCAGAGCGACGACAUAUAGGGGGCGCCUCCAGGCUGUCUUCACGUGGAAGCUGAAUGGGAUCACCCACGACACGAUCAACACGUCUCUGGGUGAAGUGCCCAUCAUGGUUAAGUCGAAUGCAUGUAACCUGACUAAGAUGAACCCGAAGGAGCUCAUCGAGCACGGGGAGGAGGCUGAGGAAUUCGGUGGCUAUUUCAUCUCCAACGGCAUCGAGAGAGUGGUGCGCAUGCUCAUUAUGCCGAGACGCAAUAUGGCUCUCUGCAUGGAAAGGAACAGUUGGAAGAAGAGGGGUGAACUCUUCUCAGAAUUUGGUGUUUCGAUGAGAUGUGUCACAUCUGACCAGACAGCAGUAAACAUGGUGCUACAUUACUUGCUCGAUGGAUCAGCAUGCUUGUGUUUGUUCCACAGGAGAGAGGUUUUUAUCCUUCCGGUUGUAAUCAUAAUGAAGGCAUUGGUAGAUGUUGUUGACCAUCACAUAUUCUCUGAGCUGGUUAAGGGGAAAGAGAAUGACUCGUUUUACAAAAGAUGCAUUGCAGCAAUGAUCAGGAAAUCGCAGGACAGUGGCGCCGCCUAUAGAGUGGACGUGUUAAAAUACAUAGGAAAGAAUUUUCGAGUGAAGCUUUCCCGGCCCGCGUGGCACACUGACGUGGAGGUGGCUGAGUAUCUACUGCAGGAGCUGAUCUGCCCGCACCUGAGCAGCAACCGCGACAAGUUCGACUGCCUCGUCUACAUGACUCGCAAGCUGUAUGCGUUCGCGAAGCACGAGUGUUCGAGCGAGAGUCCCGACAAUCCUGCCUACCAGGAGGUCCUGCUUGCCGGACACCUCUACCUCAUGGUGCUCAAGGUUCCGCUCAUGAUGGAGGUGGUUCUCGUCGAGAGGACGGACUGCGCGAGUCAGUACCCGGCUCUCUACCUGUUCACGACGCCUGCGCGCAUGAUGCGACCCGUACUCAACCUCACCACGAACACCGUCGAGAUGAUUGGCACCUUCGAACAGGUGUACAUGAACAUCUGUGUAGUACCGGAGGAGGCGAUCGAUGGCAGGACCACGCACCAGGAGCUGAGUGAGAUGAGUAUGCUGAGCGCCACGGCAACGCUGAUUCCGUAUUCCAACUACAACCAGAGCCCUCGCAACAUGUACCAGUGUCAGAUGGGAAAGCAGACGAUGGGUACUCCUCUCCUAGCGUACGAGCAUCGUUCGGACAACAAGCUGUACAGGAUCCUGACCCCACAGUCGCCGCUCGUCCGGCCGAAGGCGUACGACGUGUUGAAGUGUGAUGAUUACCCGGCGGGCACCAAUGCCAUAGUCGCCGUUAUAUCAUACACGGGUUACGACAUGGAAGACGCGAUGAUCAUCAACAAGGGAGCAUUCGAGCGCGGCUUCUGUCACGGCAUGGUCUACAAGACAGAGAAGAUCGACCUGGCUGAGGUGUCGCGCGACAGACUCUGCCCUUACAGGUUCUGCAACAAGCCGGACGAUAAGAACCAGGGCAAGCUAGACGGGGACGGGCUGCCCUUUAUCGGGCAGCUGCUGCAGGCGGGCGACCCGUACUACAGCUACGUGAACCUGCAGACGAACGAGGUGACGACGCGCUUCUACAAGCACAUGGAGCCGGCCUACGUCGAUCGCGUACGCCUCGUCGGCAGCGACGCCGGCACCGCGCCGCUCACGUGCGUCAUCGUCACACUACGCGUCACGCAUUACUUUCGUGAUACGUCUACCGUUCGUAAGCGUGCAUUGUUUAUCGUCUGCCCCUGCGGUCGCAUGAAUUUCUCUAUGCGCAGAGAAUUAUUUGCGUGUCGUUGGCCCCUCACGCUCGUAUUUCUCUGCGCGCAGGCGAGGGUGUGUACAAAGUGCGGCAGCCUGCUCUCGCCUCUCAUCGACGUCUCCUCGAAGGACACGGAGGUCGCGGCCGGAGGCGGCGACAAGCGUCGGGGUCGCUGGACGUGUCACGUCUGUCGCUGCGGCGACGGGAUCGAACUCAUCAGCGUGCCGCACGUGUUUAAGUACCUGACGGCCGAGCUGGCGUCGAUGAACAUCAAGGUCACGCUCGACCUUGAGUGAACCACGAUGUCAAGGUCAAAUGUGGCUCGACCUCGAGUGAACCGUGAUGUCAAGGUCAAACUUGGCUCGACCUCGAGUGAACCGUGAUGUCAAGGUCAAACUUGGCUUGUCCUCGAGUGGACUGUAUGGUCAAAAGUUACGCUAGCCUUCAAGUGUCCUACAAUGUUACCGGGCGACGGACAUACCUGUGGGGCCACCUUCUGACGUGAAUGGCUAGUAAUGUGCACUUGAGAUGUACAGUGGCCCCACUUCUGAGGGAAUGGAAAGUAAUGUGCACUUGAGAUGUAUGGAGGAGCCCCCUCUCACAGCAUGAAUAGGAGAAAAACGUGCCAGUGUGUAAGUAAUGCACAGCUAAUAGUGCACGUGGUGCCAUCUACCAGUGAUCAGAUGCACUAUAUGAAAACCAGUGUCACACAGCAGUUCUGACUGUUUCAACUCGUACUCACUCCGUGCGGCACAUAGCGUGGCAGGAAACACAAGGACAGCAUGUACAUAUGGCAGUCAGUUUAGCAUUAACUGCUGUGCUGGUACUGUGUGGUUUGUAGGUCUAUCGCUAAAUAUAGCCGUACAGUUGUUAGGUUCAUCAUCUAGCUAGCGUAUGAGUUUAUAGCCGCUCUAUUUGAAGUGGUAAAUAGGAGCGGCGAUGAUCUAAAAACUUUGCAAUAAAAACAUGGCAUUGAUGCGCCCUUCAUGGA